GGCCAUCACAUUGCAAUGUGAAAUGAGCUAUCAAGCAAGUGAGUGAAGGUUGCCGAUGUGUACAUGGUCGUCGAGCUGGACGGACCGCGCUCGGCAGUGAAGAGUGGGGUCCUUAUCGUCACUGACCGUCGACACACCUUCACGUUACAACCAACAAUUCGCUUUCCACCAAAUCAUAACAUCAACUCGCGCUUCUCCUGAACCAAUAGCACUAUAACGCAAGGGAUAUCAUGAGCCAAAAAGCAGCCUCCUCGACAGUCCCGAUCACGGUGACGGAGAUUGAGGCGAUCGCCAAAACAAGAUUGCCGAAGAACGUCUACGACUACUAUUCAUGCGGAGCAGAUGAAGAAAAGGCGCGCGACAGAAAUGUCUAUAUGCUCGAUAGACUUCUAAUCACACCGCGUGUCAUGGUCGAUGUCACACAUAUCGACACAAGCACAACGACCUUCGGCAAACGCCAUCCUUUCCCAGUGGCUUUUGCUCCGAGCGCAAUGCAAAGACUCUGCCAUCCUAGGGGAGAGAUAGAGACUGCGGAAGCUGCAGCAAGUAUCGGUUUAUCAAUGACCUUGUCUUCGCAAUCCACAACUAGCUUGGAAGAUGUGGCAAAAGCCUGCAACAUCUCCAAACCAGACGGCCCGGAUUUCUGGUUCCAGCUCUACCUCACUCAAGACCCUGAGUACAGUCUAAAGCUAAUCAAGCGUGCUGAGAAAGCUGGCUACACUGGUCUUAUACUUACUGUGGACACACCUGUCCUUGGUAAUCGUAUCAAUGAGAGAAAGACACCCCUGGUCCUGCCCGAAGGUAUGAAUCUGGAGAAUUACGACCGUCCCAAGGGUGAGAGAAAGCCAGCAAAGGAGCGCAUCUUUCUCAACGCACACACAGUCGAGGAAGCCAAUGAGAUCGUUAAGGAGUCUGGACCGACCAUGCACAGCUCGAGCCUCACUUGGGAGCACACAAUCCCUUGGCUUCGUAAAGCAACCUCCAUGAAGAUCAUUCUCAAGGGCAUCAUGACUGCAGAAGAUGCAAAGCUGGCUGUCCAGCACGGUGCUGAUGCUAUUGUCGUUUCGAAUCACGGCGGGAGACAACUUGAUUUGGUCCCAGCCACAAUCGAAGUUCUUCCUGCCAUCGCAGGGGCUGUAUCUGGACGCAUCCCUGUUAUAUUUGACGGUGGUGUCCGUCGCGGCUCUGACGUGUUCAAGGCAAUCGCACUUGGAGCUGAUCUCGUGCUGAUUGGACGCCCUGUGCUCUGGGGCUUGAGCUACGACGGAAAGAAGGGAGUGGAGGCUAUUUGUAACAUUCUGGAGAGAGAGCUUUCACGCACUAUGGCUUUGGCUGGCGUCAGAAGUAUCAAGGAGAUCACCAAGGACAGCUUGGGUAUUGCCAAGUGGAACGGCUUUGGUAUUUCGAAGCUUUGAUCACACCCCGCAAGGUCGACCACAGCACAAGUCAUAUUCUUAUCUACUAGAUGAAUUGAUCUCGAGAUAUUUGGGCACAGUCGAUGCUGUUGAAAACAGUAACCGUUUUGAGAGCAGGAGAGAGGCUCUUCGGGCAAGGAGAGCGAUCUCGAAACUUUCAAUGCGCCGCACAUGGUAGGUUAUCGUAGAUAGCAGAUCCCGGCCUAUCGAGUAACCGACAUUCCCAAGCU